AUGGCAACGGCAGAAGAACACCCCGGACAACCUUCAUUCCGACGAGAAUCCCCAUCGCCGUCAGCAUCGCCAACACCAGCUAUCGGAGCAUGUCCAGAGCUUGAGCUUUCUCGAUCCGUAUCCACAGCUUCCACAGGAUCCCUCUUCUCAGGGGGCUUCAGCACAAUGGGACGAGAAUCAAUGGCCAGUUCAGUUGGCAGCUCGGUCUCACGAUCAUCCUCUGCAAGUUACAGCACAAGGCAAUCUAUGGGUGGUUUGGAGAAACCAAGGAGAAGAGGUUAUGUACGUCCUCAGGGCACCAAUUUCGCUGCGUCGGCACAAUCUAGAGAAAGCGUUCUCAGUUUAGGCAGCAUAGCACAUCUUCAAUAUUACUUCGCGCGAACGGGGCUUCUGGAUGGGAAGGGAGGUCGACUCACAAAGAAGAAGGACAAGGAUAAUAAUCGAGGGACGUUGGACUUGUCAGCUCUGGACACGUCGUUUCUGUCAGCGAAUGUAAUAGGGUCAGAUGCCGAUUCCUCAUAUGCGUCUAUGGGUAGCAGCCCAGAACUUAUCGCUCAGGGACUAGGUGGCAUGCUGGUGGAAAGUCCAACACAAGAAGAAGGCGAUGAUUACUUCAGCGGAGAAGAAGAAGAGCAUCCACAUAUGCUGCCUCCGACAGUCAGCACCUACAACCACCGCGAGAAACAUAUCCCUCGUCCGCCUACCCUUGAAGAACUGAAAGAUGAUUUACAAAAGGCGCUUUUCGAUGCGAGGAAGGUUCUUGAAGAUGCGAAGACAGAUCAAACAUCCCCUCCAGUGUCACCGGCGCCGUCUAAUGAUCCAUCAAAAUCUACCUUGCCAGAUACCCCCAACGGGUGGUUUGAAGUCCAAGGGAUGCAUAUCCUCGAUAUAAUGACGCUUGCUAUUCGCGCCGCAAAGAUGUACUACACCGCCCACGACCAACCAGCUCGCCUAUCAGCCAUCAAAUCUGAGAGACGGAUACGGGCUGAGCUACUUUCAGUUAUGGACGUGCUUAAGCGGAUGGCCACCAGGAAUUUCGCCUCAGGCAUGCGGACCGAAGAGCGAGAGACGAUGGAGGUUUGGGUUGAAGGUGUAUACGACAUGCUGAAGCAAGAAGAGGAGAUGGAGGCAGUAGAGAGGAAAAAGAGACGCAGCUGGAUUUGGCUCGACGAGUCCUGGGAUGCUAGGGAUGUGGAGAGGGAACUCGCCUUCAUGAAAUCUAUGGAUCCGGACCCCCAUUCAAUGCCUGCAUUCACGUCGGUAGAUGAUGUGCAGAAUGACGAGGAUCUACCUACAGAGUUCUUGAAGGAGAUGAGGACGGGGUUGCGGUUAGUGAAACUGCAUAAUGCGGUAUUAAAGAAGAGCAAGAGGCCAUUUGGCGCCAUCGAUAAGUGGCACACCGAAUUCGGGAAACCGUAUCGCUCUGCGGAGAACCUACGGUAUUGGGUCAAAGCAGCAGAGCUGAGAUGGGAAGCCGUGCUUAAAGUGGAUGUCAUGGGUGUGGUUAACGGAACGGAUAGAGCGGCCUGGAAAGGCUUUGAGGACGCCAUUUUGAAGUGGUGUAAGGUUGUGAGGGAAGAGAUUUCGUCCGAGUUCAAGGAUUGA